CUGCCUGUUUUGCAGUUGGAUGCUGAUAACUACGAGACUGAUCCCUGCCUGAAGGAGAUUCGGAGAGCAGAAAAUUACUCGUGGAUGGAUAUAAUAACCAUACAUAAAGACAAGCUCCCAAAUUAUGAGGAAAAGAUAAAAACGUUUUAUGAAGAACACUUACACCUAGAUGAUGAAAUUCGCUACAUCUUAGAUGGAUCUGGCUAUUUUGAUGUUCGAGACAAGGAUGACAAAUGGAUCCGGAUUUCCAUGGAAAAAGGAGACAUGAUAACCCUCCCUGCGGGCAUAUAUCACCGAUUUACACUGGAUGAGAAUAAUUACGUGAAGGCAAUGAGGUUAUUCGUUGGAGAGCCUGUCUGGACACCAUACAACAGGCCGGCUGAUGAUUUUCCUGUUCGGAAGCAGUAUUUGAAGUUUUUGGCUGAAGAAGCACAGUAAUGGAGUCUGAGACCUGACAGGUGGAACAGCCUGAAGCACUGUCAGAAUAAAUGUGACUGGUGGCUUUUCACUGAUUAGACUUCUAUUUACAUAUACAACUGGAAUCACAGAAUCAUGGAAAAAUUUAGGUUGAAAGGUCAUUUGGAGGUCAUCUAGUCCAACCCCCUGUGAAUUACUAGGCCAGAUUUAAAGCUAGACCAAGUUACUCAAGACUUUGAGCUUUGGAAACCUCCAGUGAUGGAAGUUCCACAGCCUGUCUGGGUGC